AGACCCAGCUCGGCCGCAUUUUGGGGCAUAUUCGCCAGAGCACUGACACGAGGUCAUCAUGCAAAAACUUGCGGCACUGUUUCUCUGCGCGGCCUCGGCCCUGGCGCUGAGCCAAGACGGAACCUACUACGGUAGCAGCGGUUCCGGGCUUUUGGGCGGCUCCUACAGCCCCUACUACACCAACUACAGCCCGUAUUACAACGGCUACAGCCCCUCCGGCACGACCUACUCUUCCUACUAUGGAACCAACUAUUCGCCCUACGGUAACGGUGGAUCCUACUACGGUAGUGGAAGCUACUACCCCUACAACAGCGGCGGAUCCUACUACGGUAGUGGAGGCUACUCUCCUUACGGCAGCGGCUACGGAACCUACUACGGUAGUGGAAGUUCCAGCACGUCAGCAGGCAGCAGCGGCUACAUUCCCGCCUACAGUCCAUACGGGAGCAAUGUGUACUACAGUGGUAGAAACUACUACGGUGGAUAUUCUCCCUACUACCGCUCUAGCCGCCGGUACUGGUGAACGACUCAAUCUCACUAAAAAAGAGAAAUAAUUAAUAUUGAAUUCCUACAAGGAAAAUAAACGAAUG